CUCCUUACUACUACUGUUCCUGAGUCUCAUCAAAGAGAGAAUCUGACUCAAGUCGCAAAGGUCGAGGCAGCAUUACAAUAGACACAAACGUUACUAGCAUUAUUCUACUUCAAACAAUGAUCACUCAACCCUCAACAUCAAAACCAACGUCUCUCUCCACCACCACCCUUCUUCCUCACUCACCACCUCCCACUCUUCAACCAAACAGCCCAAAACGAAAAAGAGAAAUGUGCGAACCACCACAACAAAUCACCACUCUUCAUUCCCCUUCAACCCUUUUUCAAAUUCACCCUACUACCCCUGAAAAAUCCACUCGUUUCUCUCCUAAUUCAAACCCUCUUAACAACAACUGCUUCAAAUGUCACCAACCAGGUCACUGGGCUUCCGUUUGUCCCCUCAAAUCCUCCACCAACACCAACAGUAAACCCCAUUCCAAUUCAUCUGCUUCCAAACAGAUACACUGCCGUUGCGGUCACGGUUUCUGUGACGUUAAAAUGGCUCAUAGUGAUAAAAACAAUGGGAGAUACUACUUUCUAUGUCCCAUCAAAAGGGGUGCACGUUGUAGUACUUUUGUUAAGUGGUGUGAUGAUCCCAUCAAUGAGAGUGAUUUGCAGCCUCCUUUGAUUAAGUAUCCUGCGUGUGAAUGUGGAGCUGGAGUUUGUAGAAAAGUGAUGGAAACAGAAGAGGGUUCUUGUAGGGUCAAAUCCUAUUUUGCUUGUCCCAUUAAACAGAGUCAUGGAUCUUGUGGUUUCCGUGUGUGGGAAGAUGAACUACUCAAUACCGCAAGCAUUGAUGAACUCGUCAAUAACACGGGCGUUGUUCCUAUCCGACAGAGCAAGCAAAGAUCUCUCAAUGAAUUGUUCAAGGGAGACCAAACUGAUACUGAUACAGCUGUUAACGACCCGCCUAAUGAUUUGGCUGAUGGUAGUGAUUUGUUAUUAACGACUAAAAGGAUGAGAAUAACAGAUAGUUCUGAGAAUCCUUCACCUGUUUCUGGAUCUGAGAUUCUAGAGGGAAAAAGUGGGGAAUCAUCUAUAGAGGAGGCAAGUUCACAAUAUGUUGGUUUUCCGGAAAUUGAGUUCGAGGAUGAUCCAGAAUCAAUAAACUUAGCCUCGUGGGCGGCAAUUGAGGCUGAAGCUUUUCUAUCAUCACGUAUGACGACACCGUCACGGAUCAGUUGUCGACAAAGUUUAUUCCAAAGCGACAUGUUGGCUGCUGAUGCAUCAUUAGGUACUAUCUUCAUAUGUGGAAAUUAUCUUGAUCUUAUUGCAGGUUCUUAUCCAACGGGUUGGUUAGGUCGUCUUAUUUUCUUUCAUCCAACUCAAAAUUUGAAAUCCCCUCAACCCAAACCGUUUUUCUGCUGUAUUUUUCCAUCGCUCGAUCCAAUAGAAGUUCCUAAACAAACAAGUACUCUUAAUAGCCAAAGUGAACGCAACGACCUUGCUAUCAAGACUCCUAAUCAAUCUACCCAACUUUCAACAGAUGUAGUGAGCCUCGACAGAUCACAAGGAAGUGACAGCCAGCUAAAAGCACGAAGACAAAGAGAAGUCGCGUUAUUUACACAACAGCGGCUUCUCAAAGAUCUAGAGGAUUUGGAUUUUCACCAGCAUGAAUCUAUGAGAGAGGCAGCGGAAGCCACUUUUUCUAUGUUAUACCUUUUAGGAUUUGAGUGUAAACGAUUUUCUGACUAUGUAUGGAACUUCAUCAAUCUUGCAACUUCUAUGGCUGAAAUUGACGAGUCCAUGAAAAACUCGCCUACGUUGGAGGACCACAUUAAAUUCCUGGAGGAGGAGAAAGCUAGACAGGCUAACAUCAAGGAUGAUUGUAUGAAAACCGAGGCUUUACUCGGGUCAUCCAAUCAAAAGAGAAAUCUGCUUCGCGAAGAAAUUGCUCGUCUUGAGGCCAUGGUCAUUGAAAAACGAAACGAGUUGAAAAUUUGCGAGUUGGAGACGGUGAAUGUAGAGACUCAGCUUGACAAUUUAAAAAUAAGAAUGUUAGAGGUUGACGUAACCGUAAAAGAUAAAGUUCGACAAGCAGAAGCAGCAAGGAAACAAAUUGCAGAGAAAGACAGAAAGCAAAUUGAAGCCAUGGCAGCAUUGGAGAAGGCUAAACAUGAAUUGGUAAAUUAGUUAGAACUUACAACAACUGAAUGAUUGUAAAGUGAGUGUAGUAGAAUAAAUUGUGUACUUGAUCUCAUCCUUCUACCUUGGACUAUGCAAUGUGAAUCUAACAGUAUGUAAAAUGUGUUAUAAGUAGGUUUUUGUUUUUAGCAUUUGCAAUUUGAAAGAGGUAACAAUUCUUUAGUAGAUGUUGUCCAAGAAGAUUAUCCUUAAGAAAAUUCAGUUGAAACUCCUUUUGUUUAUGCCUCCAAUUCAUAGUGGAUUGAAAUCAAGGACGGAAAUGUUAAAAAAAACUAUCAUUU